AUGGUGAUAGGCACUCUCAAGGAAAGCCCCCUGAAGAAGGCCAAGUCUGAGGUCAGCCCUGAUAAUGAUGGUGAGGGCGAGGGCCCGGCCAGAAAAGAGACCGAAGACGACGACCAAGACAAUGAGGACGAGAUCCCCGCUGAAGAGGAGGAGGACAAUGACAUGCCCGAGGCCGGAGGUACCCAGAAGCACUUGCGGAACACGUGGCAGAACGGUAUUGCGCCCGAUUUCAUGAUACAGCUAUUGAGCAUCCUGCCCAACUACAUUGAGCUUGUCAUCGUUCUCUUCCCACUUCCGUUUGCCACUGGACUCCUCAAAGGGAUCUUGGAGUUCAACCGCAUGUUCGGCAAAGUCAUGCCGUCCGAAGUGCAAUGCCUUAUCAAGAUGCCGAACAAGCCCAUGCCCAAUCCUGAUGAAGAUACAAAAGUGCUCUAUGUCGGCAACAGGCACAACUUUGCUCUCAGCAUCGAUGUGGUCAAGAAUGACAUGAUCGAGUUCGCAAAGAAGGCAGUCACUGACACCCGACCCUCUGCAACAGGGAAGAAGAAUGCCUUGCGUCCGAACAAGGCCACAGCUGACAGUGACAACCAAGCCGAGCUUAAGGCUGAGGGUCCUGACGAUGUCAGCGACAGUGAGGGCGGGGAUGUAGGGCCUGGCACCUCCAGCAACGACAAGGGCGGGAACUUCAUCGGCUGUAUUGAGGUGGACGACCUUCUUGACCGAACGGACCUUGCCGAAAACUCCCAGGCCGACAGUGAUGAGGAGUCGCCCGAGUACCACUCCGAGAGCAAGGUGAUCUCACGCCGGAGCUUCCUUGCGAUGACGAAAUUCGGUGUCCGAGUUGCAACGACGCCAAGCACGACGGCAUCGAUGGUAGUGGGCGUGGGGCUCAUCACGAACAAGCAGUUGAAGAAGGACACGACGGCAUGGUUCGAGUCCCUCACAACGGCCACCGUCUUUGCGUCCGACUGUGAUGCCACGCAGCGCAUCGCCCGAGUCCCCCUCGCCGUCAACGACGACGCAAAGUCCGAGAAGUACCUGUAUUGCGUGCUGACUGGGAUUGUCGGCUUCGUCAAUCACUUCCACAAUCUCGCACCAGUCCCCAACGCCAAGCACUGGUGGCGUUUGGCCCACAGCGAAAAGUACGAAACACAGAUCUGGUUGGAGCCUGGGCUCCGUCGCUUUCGGAUGCUGGACUGGAGAGCCCUGUGGCGCCUCAUCCAUACAGACAAACUUUGGUGUGGCCCGAAAACAGCCGAGGUCCGAGCCUUUGUUUUUGCCUUCCACACCCUUGGGAGUAUUGUCAGCUCUUCCUGCUUGUGUGAGUCAGCAGGCAGCCUGCUGAAGCACUUUGCGCGCGGCAAUGCAGAUACUAUGCGGGUUGUGGAAAGGGCACUUUUGAAGUUCGCUGGUAUUGCUGGAGACGGCACUGAUGGUUUAAUUCUUUUGAGGGCCUGGCUCGAGACAGUGCCUUCGCCCGAGAAGCUUGUCUUCAUGGGCCGGAACAUGAAGGAGUGCCCGAUGGUCAGCCAGUCGUUUGCGCAGGAUUCCGCGGGUGGCUGUGAAAGUCUUGGCCACAAGGCUAAGAGCAUCUCUGCAUCGCUGGGCCCGAACUGCAAGCCAGAAGGGCAGUCCGAACUUUUCCAGCCUGAAGAGUAG